AUGGUCUGGGGCAGUAUGUCAUCAAAAGGAGUAGGAAAACUUCAUUUUAUUGAUGGAAAUGCUAUAAAAUGGAUGGAAGAAAAUAAUGUACCACUUUUAAAAUGGGUUUCUAGCAGUCCAGAUCUGUCACCUAUUGAAACUUUGUAG